AUGAUGAAUUCGGUCAUCGUGGAUAUUCCUACGGAUUGGUUGUACAGGGGCAAGAGGAGGCAGGCCAAGGCGAAGGCGGGCAAGCAGGACGUGGAUGGAGGGUUGGCGAGCGAGGUGGCGAUUGAAGGUGCUGGAGCAGCUGCGCCAGCCGGGUCGCUGGGUGAGGGCGAAAGAUUGCCCUUGCGGAGCAGAUCGGCGUCUAUCUCCAACGCGGCGCUUUCCAAGCCGGCAGUUAAGAAGCCCUCACCUGCUCAGAGGUCCAGUUCUACCAACGGUGCUGAGCAAUUGCAGACGGCCACGCAGCUGGAGGCAGAGGCGCCAAGCCGGCAGCAGCAGGUGCAGCCCCAGCAGCAGCAGCAGAAGAUGCGCAGGUCGUCGUCUGUAUCCUUUUCUGAUCUGAAAAAGGGAGAUGCGCUGAACGAAAGGUCGAAGAAGUCACUAUUCGGGUCGCUUUUUGGCAAAAAAUCGACGCCAUCACCCCCACUGUCACGCUCGCAACCGCAGUCACAGCAACAGCAUCAGCAUCAGCAACAGCAACACCACGCUCAGAAUGGCGCCAGCCACACGCAUCACCCAGUCUCGUCCAGCAUUAUAACACACAGCAUUACAAACUCGGUAAUGAAAGAGCCAGUGUCCCCAGAAGUAAGGCCUCAGACUCCAAUUCUACACCCGGCAUGUUUAGAACUACACAAACCGUCAGCAACAAUCCCGUUCGGCGAAUUGGCGAAAAUCCGGCUCAAAAGAGUCACUUUUGCCGUCGAUAAGUUCGAUUGCGACCCUCCUCAACAGUUACCUUCAAGAAAGCCAAAAAUGGGAAAUGUAUUGGUGCCGGAAGAUAUGAUCAGCGAUGUACCACCAAUAUCUCUAGGUAUUACCAACGGCAAUCCGUCGCCACAACAACAACAACAACAACAACAACAACAGGCGCACUUAGAGCAACAGCUGCAGGCAACGGCAGCAGCAGCAGCAGCAUCGUCAAGCACACCAGUGUCUCAGCGGGAGCCCAGGUAUACAAAGGACUCGAAAGAAUAUAAAAUUGCAUUGGAUGAUUAUCGUCGAGCGCUAAAGGAAUCCGUCAAACAUCAACAGGAAGCUCAUUUCGCAGCGAAAAGGAUUGAAAGUGAAGUCGCCUCUUUCAAAGCAUCAUCUAGCUUAGGUCGUAUCAAUUCACCGAAAUGGUCACAACAAGUAGAGAAUGAUACAACAGCAACGGUUGUUGACGACAAAGUUGCUAGCCUAUCAAUUGAUAAACCAAUUCAUAUGCAUGAGAAUCAUUUUAAUGAAUAUACUAAAGAAUCAAGUAAUAUGGAUGCAAAAAAUGAAUCAGAAACUACUCUGGAUGUUGUAUAUACAAGAUGUUGUCAUUUGAGAGAGAUUUUACCUAUCCCAUCAACCUUGAGACAAGUCAAGGGUAAAACCGCUCCACUGCAUACUUUGAAAUUUCUAAAUCCGAAACCUACAUUGAUAGAUAUACUUUCGUUUUGUGAUUUUAUUUCUGUUGUACCUAUUAAUAUAGUAAUAUUUGACAAAGUUUCUUUGACACCAGAAAUGUUCCAAAUCGUUUUGAUGUCAUUGGUUAAUUCUACUGUACUAGAAAAAUUAAGUGUAAGAAAUGUUCCCAUUAACCAAGGAGGAUGGAGAUUGCUUUGCAAAUUUUUGUUGGAAAAUAAAUCACUAGUAAGACUAGAUAUAUCACAAACUAAAAAAAGACAGGAUCUACCAGAAAUACUUCACCGUGAUAAUAUGGAUUGGUCACUCUUUUCACAGGUGCUGACUAAAAGAACGGGGAAACCUUUGGAAGAACUAUUGAUGAACGGUAUCAAGUUCCAAAAUUUACCCAUUGAACAAUUGGAAAUAUUACUCGAAUCCUUCGGUAAGGCAAAUUCAAAAUCACCAUUGCGAUUAGGAGUCGCGACAUCCGAUAUAAAUACAGAUUGCAUAAAAUGUAUUUUUAACUGGAUGUCAAAAUAUAAAGUUCAAGGUGUUGAUUUAGCAUUUAACGACUUAUCAGAGUUAGUUAAAGUAAUGGUUAGUAAAUUAUCGGCAUUAGAAUUAAAAAAUUUGGAAUAUUUUACUUUGAAUAGUACAAAUAUUUCAUCUGCGUAUGAUUUAGCACUAUUGUUGAAAUAUUUGUCGUUAUUACCUGCCUUAAAAUUUUUGGAUAUCAGUAACCUCCCACAAACGUUUCCAGAUGUUUUACCAUACAUGUUUAAAUACUUACCAAGGUUUCCUAAAUUAAACAGAAUCAAUUUAGAUAAUAAUAAUCUAAGCUUCAAGAACAUGUCAAUGCUUUGUAAUAUUUUGGGUAAAUGCAACAAUUUAACUCAUAUUUCUAUUCAAUCUCAAACCACAGUAUUUGAUGCAAUUGGUCCUAACAAUGAUAUGAUAAAAACGCCGGAAGAUUUGGAACAAUUUAAGAGAUUUUCAAGAAACACUUUCUCAGCUUCUUUGUAUGCAUUGGUCAAGGAUUCACCAAAUUUAGUUAUCCUUGAUGUUGAUUAUGAUAAUAUCACAGAUGAUAUAAAAUCAAGGAUAGCUUUAAUGUUGAUGCGCAAUAUGAACAAAAAUAUUGAUUCAAACUUUCAGAUAGACGAAUUAUCGACACAAGAUGAAUUGAUCUUCGAUGGUUCAUUGGUGACAGAAACGGCGGAGGAAGUAUUGAAGAGAAUAAAUAAUAAGGAGAUACUAAACACUGAUCCUACAAAAAGGUACUUAACCAAAAAAUAUUGUGAAAAGUUGCAAAAAUUACAUCUUAAGGUACAAUACAAAAUUGAUGAUAUGUUCGAGAAAAGAAGUUCAGGUGAAUUGCCGUUACAGGAAAAAGAAAACCUUUUGCGUCUUUUACUUUUAGAGAAAAAUUUGACGAAUAUUUUGGAAAUAUACGCAAAUAUUCCUCAUUUAUCUCAAAUAUUAGGUCCAAGCUCUACGCAAUUACCAUCUUUGAAACACGUUUCCUCUGAACAGGCGCUAUCUACUCCAGUUUCUGCAGAGCAUGAAAUUGCAGCAAGACCGCAUCUAAUGGCAACCGACUCUGGUAGAGUUAUUGAUGUGAUAACAGGUAAGUCUUUACUGGUUGAUUCGCCGUCUAAUGUUUCAAGAGUAGGUAGUAGAAGGCAGGAGGAGGAGGAAGGUGAAUUGCACAAAUGGGGUUUCUUCGUUCAACAACAACGUUCCAUCUAUCCAGAACACGAGUCAAGACGGCCUGAGAGGGUACAGCACAAUGAGUCCGCUUCUUCUGGUUCUGAAAGGUCAAAUAAUACCGCGAAAAGUGACAAGCUGGCACAACCGAUACUCCUGCCUAAAAUUCCUUCGGGGACAGAACUACGUGAGGCUAUCAUUCAAGCUAAAGGGAUAGAUUCCAUUGAUGACUUGAUUAAAAAUGUAAACAAAGAGCAGGUCGAAUUGGAGAGUAUUUAUGGAAGCUCAUUAAGAUCAACAGGCUCAAUGACUGAACAUAGUCUUGAAACGAGAGCAUCUUCGAAUAUUUGUUCAGUAGGGACCGACAGCGAAUCGGGAUCUGAAUGCCUGCAUUCGACUUCAAAGGAUCAUGAAGAAGCAACUGUCAAAGAGACAUAUGAUAAAUUAUUGAAUAAUUUGAAAAUGGAGCGUCCCAUAAAACCAGAGGGACCACCGAAACUGAAGUAA